AGUGCGCAGUUCGGGCGCUGUCCGCGAGGUGGAGCUGCCGUUAAACAGCCAUUAGAAAGGGAAGGCGACGUCUGAGGCAAACAAGCGGCGUGUUCCGGCUCAGUGGCGAGAUUCCCUCCGCGCGGCCGGUGGUACGGCGCGGUAUCACGCACGCGAUCUUACGACGCGCGUCAAACCAAAAUAAAUACCCCAUCUGUUCAAAUAUUGUGCAAGUUUUUUUAUUGUUUCCCUAAAACGUACCUAAAAGGAUGUGUGUGUUUUACGUUUCGCCAUACGUUACAACGUAAGAGGCCCUAAGUUUCGUAUUAUUUUUGUGUUCGCAAAGUGCUCGAGUGGUUUUUGUUUCGUAUUGUGAAUGGAUUUAUAAACCCGAUUAUGAGGAAGGACGCCUCAUAAGAUGAACAUAACCUUUAAUAUGGUACGAUGACGUGAAAGCAAUGCUGCUGCAGCAGGCGUCGUCGUCGCCUGGUCCCAGCGGCACGGCGAGCCCCAAGUUGACUUCCAGUCCAAGACCAAACCCGAGUCCAAGUUUUAAUAGUAGAGCGACUGGAAGUCCGAGCUUGAGUGAUGGGGCUUCGAGUUCAAACAGUCCCAAGUUGGGCGCCAAUAGUCCAAAGUUGGGAGCCAGUCCAAAGUAUGGGAGUCCAAAGCUGGGGACUGGUAGCCCAAAGUUGGGACGGGUGACGUUGGAAGAUGAGGCCGCGCUGGAGAGGCUGCAGGCGGAACUGAAGGAAGGCUGGACGGUGCACACGGGGAGAGAUGGCAGACUGUAUUAUUGCAAUCACAUCACAAGGACAGCAAGUUGGCUCCCACCAGCUGAGAGCUGGCCUACUGGCAAGGAAGGCAGCGGGAGUGGCAGCGAGCAGGAUGAAGAGGAACUGCCCUAUGGAUGGGAGCAGGCGCUGGACUGCCAUGGGAAACCUUAUUAUAUCAACCACGUCAACAAGACAACAACCUACGUGGCUCCAGAAGGCUGUUCCUGCGAGUCUCCCCCCGCCCCGCGCGACGUGGUGCUGGAGAGAGACCCCGAGCUCGGCUUCGGGUUCGUCGCAGGGUCUGAGAGACCCGUGCUCGUGCGGUUUGUCACUGAUAACUCGCCUAGUGUGGGGAAGUUGGAACCCGGAGACCAGAUCCUCUGCGUCAACGGAGAAGACGUGAGCCUGGCUGCCCGAGAGCACGUGAUCACCGCCGUCCGAGCUUGCACCGAUAAGGUCACCUUGCGUGUCUGCCAACCAGCCAGGAGUGGUAAUCCUGCUAGGAGAUCAGCUCUGCUGUCAGCUGCCAAGAGAGCGAGGUUGAGGGCAAGGCCACCAAGAGUUCGGUUCGCUGAUUCCGUGCAGUUGAAUGGUGCUCCUAUGUAUCCUCCAUCAGCCUUCUCCCUCGGAGACCUAUGCCUGCCUCCGAUGGCCAAUGUCCUAAAGGUUUUCCUCGAGAAUGGUCAAACCAAGUCCUUCAAGUAUGACACCACGACCACGGUGGCAGACGUGGUGACCAGCCUCAAGGAUAAGCUGUGCAUCACGGCGGAGGAGCACUUCAGUCUGGUGGUGGAACACGUCAAGAGUUUGAAGAGGAACAAGCUCACGCUGUUGGAUCCUAAGGAGUCUUUAGCUAGGAUCGCAGCGCGCCCGGGGUCCUACAAGAUGCGUUGCCUCUUCCGCAUCGUGUUCAUGCCGACAGCUGCGGCCGAGCUCGCUCAGCGGGACCUAGCAGCGCUGGACUACUUGUACAUGCAAUGCUGUAACGAUGUGGCUCAGGAACGCUUUGCUCCGGAGCUGCAGCCCGAAGUGGCGUUGAGGCUGGCGGCCCUGCAUAUGCAUCAACACGCGUUGGCUAAUAAUUUGUCGCCAGCUAAGCUCACUGUUAAGGCUGUUGAGAGAGAGUUCGGCUUAGAGCGAUUCGUUCCGAGCGGUCUACUCGAGAGCAUGAAGCGCAAAGAACUUCGCAGACUGAUCGCGCACUUCCUCAAACUGAACUCACAGAUGACUGGCAGCCAGAGGCAGUUGACGCAGUUACAGGCCAAACUCCACUACCUGGACAUCGUGGCCGGCCUGCCGAGCUACGGCGCGAAGUGCUUCAGCAGCAGCCGGCCGGAGCGAGUGCUGCUCGUGUCUCCACGCUUCGGACUCAGCCAGAUCGUCGGCAGAACUAACUCUGUGCCUCAACCAAUCGCCUCUCUAGAAGAGGUGGAAGGCAUCAGAGUGAAGCGCGACUGGUCGAGCGGUGGCGCCGACGUCGCCAUCUUCCUGCAGAGAGACAGGGUGCUGGCGCUGCUGAUGGACGAGAGGGACGCUGCUGAGAUGCCGCUUAUUAUUGCUGGGUACUAUCGUCUUGUGACUGGUCAAGAAUUAAAUGUCGAACAAGAAAGGGAACCCAUGACAGAAGAUAUAGCUCCACCAUACUUGUCGCAACACAACGUGGUGCCAGCUAAAUGGAGCUACCUCCACUACGAUGACAUGAACACGAUGUCGAAGAAGCACUACGCCAUCUUCAGCAUGCCUCCCCCCUACCACUCCACGCCCGACCAGAACAAGGCGCUCGACACCAACAUGAACACCAACAUCAACAACAGGAACCAUAGCAACAACUCCAGCCCACUAAUAGGCUAUGAUUCUAAAUCAGGUCUACUAGGCCACGAUGUCCACUUCGAGAAAUGUAAGAGGAACGAUGACUUCAGACUCUUCGAUCCCAAUGACGCUUGCUACCUCGACGACGGCAUGGGCUUCGACCUUCAAAGCGUUCUGUCCAUGGAACUCUUAGAGAACGCGUCGAACAACCCCAGGCUAGUAGAAGCUAAAAACGAAGAGGUGCUAAGAAGAGUAGCGGAAAUGCAGAAAUUAGUUGAAAACUCCGAACAAUAUUUGACUGAAAAUUGUGAUUUCGAUACUUAUCAUGAGAAUUUACGAGAUGAGCUAGUUGGUAAAGAAACUUGUGUAGAUAAUGUAGAGAGUGAUACAGAGUCUAAUACUAGUAGAAUGACGGAUGAUGCGCCUGGCAUACUGAGACAUAGUGACUCGUUGCUGUUACUGACUGAAACUAUAAACCAAGGACUGAGCGGGUUAACUGUACCGGAGAAUGGAAAAGACAAUAAUAGUUUAACCACGCGACAGUCUCAAGGUCUCAGUGCUAUACUGAAUAACUGUGGAUUGACUGAUGCUUUAAUAGCUUUGAACAGUGAUAUAUGUCACUCAGAGAGUGACAAUGAUUCGCUUUAUACGCCCACGAGUAGUCCUAUACGCAAACAUCAAAAUAAGUCCACGGGUAAAGGAGUCAGAACUAGUUUUGGUCUAGUCAGCCCUGACGCAACGCAAGACAAUAAGGAACCAAAUCUAAAGGAAUAUUUGAAACAACUUAGAGAAAAGAGUAGUAAAGAAGAAACGAAAGCGGCUGAGUACCCGUACUUCUAUCAAGAGAGCGUAGUUGAUAAUGAUGCUGAGCUUAUAGAUUUAACUUUGAUACCUCCCCCACAAACGCCCGACGAAUUAGACUGUGCUACGCAAGUGCCUCAAAUUUUACCCGUAGUUCCGCCAUCGUUUGCUGAUGACAAAGUGAAUUCACAAGAAAACUUAGCAAAUGCACCGAAGAAGAAUGCAUUAGAAGAAUUUAUAGCUAAUGUUACUAUACAGCCUCCUACUGUUAAAGUUACUCCAGCUAUAGAGUUGACUCCAGAAGAAAUAAUGUCGUAUAUCAUUCCACCUCCACCAGCUUCUAACUCAUCCACUUUAGAUAGAGAACAAGUAAGUUAUGCUAAUCAUAGUCAAAUACUUGAAGCAAAAAACGAACAAGCAAACACAGAAGCAAAAACUGCGAACGGUGAUGUCGUGAAGGGAACUUUAAGCGUUAGCGAAAUAAGGAACAUGUUCGCAGCCAAAAGUUUGAGCGAUGCCAGAAAUAGUCUUUUACUCAAAGAUAAAAACAAAGUUGCUACUCAAACGAAAUCCGAUUCCCCUAAAGGUAAAAGAAAAAGCCAGGCUGGUGAAAAACAAUCUAAUGGAAAAGCCCACGUUAUAGAAUACCCUACAGUCGAGAGAAAAGGAAUGUUCUCUUGUUGUAGUAAAGACAAGAAUAAAUCCGAAGAGAAUUCCGAUGACAAUGAAAAAGUGGAAACACAAAUUCAGAACUCCGACUCUAUUCCUGACGUAUGUGAAAUUAGACCACCGCCGAGAAGAAAAAACUCCGAUUGUAAGAAACCUCCUGAAAGACCUCCAAAGGUCCCACCUGUACCCGCUCCAAGACCGCGAUCAAAUUCAUUCACAUGUCUAAAUAACGAGCUGAGUGCUGUUGAGAUUACAAACAACCACUUCAGUACAUUGAACAAUAGGAAGCUGAACUACAAAGUCAUCUGCGAUAUUAACGAACAAUGUAUGCCGAACCCUCCACAAUUGCCACCGAGGUUAGAAAACAAAGUGCUGUCACCACCUCCACCGAUUUUGCUACCUCCCAAGAAGCCGCCUCUACCUCCCGUACCUAGCAUUGAAGUACUUCGACUGAAGAAUUCACAAAAGCAAUCACCGAUUAGGAACCCAGAACAGCGAUUAGCCAGCAUUGGCUCCCCCCAUUUCCAACGCAACUUGAACACAUACAGAAACUUAGAAAACGAGAACAGACUGACUGACGAAGAAGCUCAGAAUAUUCGCUCAUCGCCUAACUACAGCUCUAUGACAUUACAGAGCCGUCACGUGAGAUCCAACUCGGAGACCAAGAAUACAAUUUUGAAGAACAAUACAGCACUUUCUUUAUGUUCUCCACAGAUGAACAGGCGGUUUAGUAAUCGUCCUGAUUUAUUGAAUGGGGCUCCUGGUGAGCGGGUGUUUAGUCCUCCAUUAUCAGAGCGGCAGUCUUUUCGGCGUAACAGUGCAAGUCCGACUCCAAAAGUGCAGAACCACGUGAGGUUUAAGGACGAAGUAGUGGAUGAUAUUCCGACGCCUCCCUCUCCGCCUACGGUGAAGUUCCCGGAGUUCCAGCCCGGGAAUAAUGGGCACGUGUCGAUAGAGAACUUGCUGUGUAAGACGGAGGUAGCUGUGGACGGGUUGCUGCAGAGACUACACCAGGUGGCGCAGAAGUGUUCUCAUCAGCACGCGCAUGGAGGCGGCGAGGAUAUUGAUGAGGCUAAGUUUCAGCGCGCUCGCAGCGAGCUGACAGCAUGCGCGGUGACGCUGGUGAGCGCGUCGCGUUCCCUGGUGGGCGCGCUGGGCGGGACGGGCGGCGCCGCGCCGGGGGCCGCGCCCGCCGCGCUCGCUGACUGCCUCACGCCGCUCAGGAGGCUGUCUGACUUGGCACAGGCUCUCGGCAGACACACUUCAGCACCGCUCCAAACGCGAAACCUGGUCCUCCGAGUCCACGACGUGACCGCAGCAUUCAAAGAACUAGCCGGCGCUGAAAUGGCACAAAUCAUCCACGAGCACAACGCCAAGAAAUCACAAGGUCAAGGGCAGGAGAACAACUCGACCUUGGAAGGUCAACUGGCUUUGAGAGCUGAAUGUCUGGCUAAUGUCCUCGCUACCUUAUUGAGAAGCCUUAGGGUAUUUUCUCCUUAAGAGUAAAAGGACCAGUUUUUUGUUUUGUAUAAAGAUAUGAUGAUGAGCAUAAUAAUGGUAGGAAAGCUACUAUAAAUGAUGAAGUGAUGUAAAUGGAUGUGGGAUUAGAUAGGAAUGAUACUAAUAUUUGUAUAGCGCAAAUCAUGACGUACAAUCAGCUGACGUGUUGUCAUGCGAUUUUUAUUUCGAUUUUAUCGAUUCGAUUUACAACUCUAAAAAUCGAUUCAUUUUACAUACCAGAUAUAAUCACAACUUUUAUCUCGAUAUAUUCCGAGUUGAAAAUAAUUGGAGAAUAAUCUGGUACAAGCGAUAUAUAGCUCUCUAUCUUAAACAAUAUAGGACAUCAAAAGAGCAGCUAAAAUAAAUACGAAUAAUAAAUAUUAUAUUAACUAUAAAUCCAUUCUAUGUAUAGAUUAAUUUGUUAAUUGAUUUCUGUUGAAAAAUAAAUAACCGUUACUAAAAUGAGACCAAAUAAAUUUAGGUACGUUUUUUAAAUAAUUCGAUAGUUUUUUCGUAGUUGGCAACAUUUGUGUUUGUAUGGCUCCUGUUUACCAUGACUGUAAUGAAUUACGACUGUGAUGGGGUAAUUUAAAAAUGGUGGAAAUUAUUGUACUUUGGAUGUUUUGUCAUUGUAAAAAGGAGCCAUUAGUUUGUAGAUUGUAAAUUUUAAUGUUAAUGUUCACAUUUGUUGUUUAUAUAAUUUUUGUGAGUAAUUUAACUUGUAGUUAACGCUUAAUUUUAACUUGAUGCAUAGUUUUGAACUUGCGGUGGAUAUAUCUGUCUGUUGAAUCUACAAUGGUUAUCAACAAAAAAUAUCAUAUCACUUCUAGGUACACAAAUAAUCCUAGAAAUUAUUCAUAUCAUAUAAAAAAGGUACUCAAAAGCAUUAUAAAACCUUUAGUUUCUACUAUUCCUGUUUUCACCCAAGUAAGAAUACAUUGGAGUCCUGAAAAAAUAAAAUAUGCUGCAUGUUACAAGACCUUGUCAGCCAGAAAACCAGUCCACAGAUUAUAUCAGUUUUUCUAGCUUCUAUUAUCUAUGAUUCCGUAGACAAAGUGUUACCAUAGUUUAAUAUUAAUUUUACCUUAAAACAUAUCUAUUUAUACAAGAAUAAAAUGUAUAUUUUCUAUUGUGAGAUGUGUGAAUGGAUAAAGGGUGCAAUGUCUGUAAUCCUUCAGUGUCUAACUUACCAUAUCUUAAUACUUUAGGCAACUGUAAUCAAAGAUAACUAAUACGUAUACUGUCGUUCUGUGCAUAUUGUUUCUCUCCUAUAAUUUACACCUUAAUGUGCUAAAAUACUUAAGAAAUACUUCAUUAAGGGUUGUAAUGAUAUUAUCGCGCGAAUUUGCAUAAAGUUUGGUGUUGCUAGCUGUUAAUUUGUUCAACAAUGUUGCCAGCAAUCGUUUUUUGGUACACGCGAUGUGCUGAUAUUAAAAUAUUGGUGCUAUUUUGAAAAGAAAGUGUACGUUUUUCGGUAUUGUUAUCGGUUGAACUGUAAUCAUUAUUUGCGAGUACAUAAAUGAUAAUUAUGUAAUGCACCAGUGAUUUGAAUUUUUUGUAAAUAUCACGUAGGGUUGUUUUUGCAACGCAAUAAACUAAACUAAGGCAUAACGCAUGAUGUAUUGAUAAUAAUCUGUUUCUAUUUCCCGCCUGUUUAGUACAAUUUUGUGUUAUUUUUCUCCGCUGGUAUCCCAAAGCUUUUAUAGGAACCAAAGACGAGAGUUUUCAUAUAUUUUAUGUUGUUUCUUGAUUUUGUUUACGAGUAUUCACUUCGGCUUAUAAUGAAUUUCUUCAUGUAUUGAACAGACUAUAGUUCUGAUGUUGAAUAGAUUCUCUUAAUGUUUUAUUGAUGCACAUGUGACAAACUAUAAACACAAUGGAAAUUAUUGUUUUUACUUUCAGAAGCUUUCCAACUAUUCUGAAAAUAUAAAAUUACCUUGGCUCUUUAUUUAGUACAGACCUUUUACUAAAUUAAAUUCGGUUCGAACGACCAAUUUUUGACUUCCGAGUUUCAGACAGAAACGUCAGAAUGUGCAUCAACAAAACAACGGUUUACGUGUAUAAAAAGUUUGCAAACAUAGUUUAUCGUUAUACAAGAUAAUAAUUCACCAGUUUAUUUAUUGUUCCCAAGUAACAAUGCAAUGCAUUUGAUGUAAUAAACAGUAUAAAUAUU